CUUUCCAAGAAAACUCCGGGUAGUUGCUGCCUACUGCAAAGGCAGAACCCCUCAGGCGAGGCUUCUGAAAAAGGCAGCAAGUCCCAUCCCAAAGCUAGAGAGAAUCCACGCUUUCUUUAAGUUGAAGAUAUUAUAGCAUAAAGAAGAGUCACGGAACGGAAGGCCUAACAUCUAUGCUUGCUGGCACAAGAAAGAAAAGAUGACAUCUCCACUGCCUUCGAAGCUUUUCCUUCUUCUUCUUCUUCUUCUUAUUCUUCUUCUUCAUCAUCCAGAUACAUUAUCAUAUCCUUCGCAAUCUCUCCUGGUUUCAGCGUCUGAUCAGGAACCAAAAAUUGUCGAAGACCAUGGAAACAUAGCUGAAACAGCCAAUGAAACAAGCAACGCAGAAAUCACUGCAAUUGACAGGCUCGGCGGUGGGGCCGGGGGUCAUGGCGGAGGUGGUCACAGUGCCAGCCGCGGCGGUGGUAGAGGCGGGGGCAGGGGCCGAUAUAGGGGAUAUGUAGGUGUAAUACCCUUGUACGCGGCCGGCGCCGGUGGACAUCAUCCCAAUGGCAACCACCAUCACGGCGGCGCCACCAAUUAUGGUUGUCCAUCCUACUUGCUGGCUUAUGCAAUCCUAGCCUCAGUAUUAGUUCUUCUAGCUAGCUGAGAAUGUAAACUUCAAAUACCCCACAACAUUUACCUACAUCUUUGUUGUUCUAAAUUGAAUUGAAAGCCAAGAUCAUGUCAUAUAUUAUGAAUUAUUUGAGAUUAUCAAGAACAAUGAUAUGUUUGAAAACUCAA